AUGCAAAAACAUUUGAUACACUGCCCAAAGCUUGGCCCAAAGUGCAAAUUAAAGACUCGAAGUAGUAGUGCAUUCCAAUUAAAUAAGAAAAAGCUGAUUAACUUAAGAAUGUCCGAAGACAAAGACGCACCUUUACCUGAAGGAUGGGAGAUGAGGACCAGCCGGUCUACUGGUAUGACAUACUUUCUCAAUACCUACACCAAAAAGUCCCAAUGGGAGCGACCAGAAGCACCCGCAGACCCUGGAGAGAUACGUUGCAGCCAUAUUCUAGUAAAGCAUUCUGAAAGUCGUCGCCCAUCUUCGUGGCGUGAAGAAACCAUCACUCGUACCAAAGAAGAAGCUUUAGAUACAAUAAAAAGUUACCGCAAACAAAUUGUGGGCAAUGAUACAACUUUUGUUGACUUGGCAACUAAGUAUUCAGAUUGCUCAUCUGCUAAGAGAGGGGGCGACUUAGGAUUGUUCGGACGAGGUCAGAUGCAGCCUGCUUUUGAAGAGGAAGCAUUUAAACUUAAAGUCGGACAACUCAGUAAGCCGGUUGAGACAGAUUCUGGCUACCACCUUAUAUUUAGGACUGUCUAA